AUGAUUGUAAAGCUGUGCUCUCAUCCAUCGGUGAUUGUGAAGCUGUGCCCUCAUCCAUCUAUGAUUGUAAAGCUGUGCUCUCAUCCAUCUGUGAUUGUAAAACAGUGCUUGCAUCCACCUAUGGUUGUAAAGCUGUGCCCUCAUCCAUCGGUGAUUGUGAAGCUGUGCCCUCAUCCAUCUGUGAUUGUGAAGCUGUGCUUGCAUCCACCUAUGGUUGUAAAGCUGUGCCCUCAUCCAUCGGUGAUUGUGAAGCUGUGCCCUCAUCCAUCUGUGAUUGUGAAGCUGUGCUUGCAUCCACCUAUGGUUGUAAAGCUGUGCCCUCAUCCAUCGGUGAUUGUGAAGCUGUGCCCUCAUCCAUCUGUGAUUGUGAAGCUGUGCCCUCAUCCAUCUGCGAUUGUAAAGCUGUACUCUCUCCAUCUGUGA